AUGAUCACUUCAGCAUUUCAACAACCUCAACUGAUGCAUCUAAGGGGCGGCGGUUCAUCAUCCUUGAAUUCGCCAAUAAGGACAUUAACUAUUUCCAAACCAACGACAAAACACAUAGAGAAAGUAAUCAAUGAUUUUAGAGCAAAUAUCAUUCUUGUUGUGAAAUAUCCGUUCCAUGCAGAAUCAGCAAACGAGUUGAGUGUUAAACUGGGAGACAUUUUGAAAUUGUUAGAUAAACCAAACGACGGUUGGAUUUUGGUUAAAUUUGUUGACAAAUUGCAAGCACCGGGGUUGAUACCAGCUUUAUAUGUGGACAUUGCCAUUAAUGAUCCUGUCAACCCUAUAACGUUGAACUGGUUACAUUCAAAGGAAGACCUGAAUAUCAUCGAUGACCAUAAUUGGUUAAACUUGCAGUUUAACAAGAUUGAGUCUAAAUUCCAAACUAUCAAUAAUAAAGCGUAUCCCGUUUCAGCAUCAAUUCUGAAUUUUUUUCUAUAUAAAGAUAGGUACUGGUACAGAUUGGAUGUUGGAUUUAGUGACAAGUCAAAAUCUUAUCUUUGUCGAUAUUAUCAAGAUUUUUACAACUUGCAUAUAAGUAUGCUAGAGAUGAUUGAAAAAAUUUGUCACAGUGAUACUGCAGAAUCUCUGGAGUUGAAAUUGCCCAAGUUGCCCGAGCCUCUUCCAACAACACUUCAAAAAUCAAACAAUGAUAGUGCAAGCGAGUGCAAAGACGAAAAAUAUGAAGUGAAAAGGGAGGAAGAGCAGCAAAUAUCUAUUUUAUUGAAGAGGUGCAAUAGUUUAAACAUUUAUAUUAACAAAUUAAUUUUAAACAAGUAUUUCCAAACUUCAAUUGAAUUCAUUGAUUGGCUAGAUUUGAGCUAUAAAAAUUUACCAGGUUAUUUUAUACCUAGAGAUCAAGCAAUCAAAAUGGAGGAAGAAGAGAAAGAAAAGGAAGAGUAUAAUCGUAAUGAUGACUACUACAAGAAGAAGAAGAAUAAGAAGACAGCCAGGCUAACAGAAGAUGAAAUAAAUAAUAAGAUCCUUCCUGAGUCUGUUAAUGUAGUGAAAAACUAUAACGAAAAUAGAUUGAAACUACAACAAGAGAAGGAAGAAAUGGAGAGGAAAAAACUUAAAGAGGUUAGAGCGAAUCAUAACUAUCUGACUGGCGAUUUACCGGCAAGGACAAGAUCCAAAAAUAUCUACAAUAAUUAUCAACAGGCUUCACGUGCUUUUGACAAUACUGCUAGUUCAAGACAAACGUCUGAAAUAUUAGGAAAUGGCUCAAGAUCGCUUAGAAACUCUUUUAAAUCCUCCUUGGCAGGUACAACAAAGCAUACUAGUCUUGGUCAGGCUCUUCUCUACGAAAGGAAAGGUAGCACAAAGAGUUUAUCCAAUGCUAAUUCUUCCCUGGCUAGUAACUCUUCGACGUCUCCAACAGAGUUUAAGUCUUUGGAAGAAUUCGAUGGUACGCCAAAUACGUCCUCAUUGAGCAUUUCUUCUAAUUCAACUCCAAUAGUUCAGCAGUCUACUGCUUUCGCAAUGACUCCACCUUUUACCGAGCAACAACAACAACAACUGCGACAACAACUGCUGCUGCCGCAAGCAGCUUCCAAUCCCCCGUAUCCAAUUCAAAGUAACGAGACUUCUCCUAAAUAUUCACCAGCAUCAACAAAUUCAACAAUUAUUUCCCCAAAGACGAGCUAUAGUCCUCGACCCGGACUUACUCCAAGACUAACAAUUCCUGAAACUUGUCCUCAGUCUCGGCCAAGUCCACUUCAAUUACAGCCUCUUAAUAAUCUUCAUCAUCAUUCACCAUCUAAGAUGUCUCCCUUAGGAUUGAACCACCAAAUUUUUCCCAUCAGUGGUUUCAGCAACCCUCAACUUCAACAAUCUCCAAUGAUCAACACCAUGUCGUCGCCAUUUAUUUCCUCCAAUUCAAAUUCCAAUGCUCAUCAAUACAUCAAGUGCAAAAUCAUGAAUCAUGACAACGAAAUAUUGGCAAUCAAGUUCAAUAAAUCACAAUUUAAAACUAUUCAAGAUAUGAAAGUAUUGAUCAGGCAAAAGGUACCAUAUAACAAGUUAUUUAUCAAAUUGCCUAAUUUGAAUAAUUUUGAAAAUAUCGAUGUUGUUAAUUUUAACAUUACCGAGUUUUUGAGAUUCAAUGAUAAGGUUAUGUUGAAAAUAACAUAG